AUGGUUGAGAGGGCCAAGGUUUUAGAGAAGAACAUGGCAGAAGCGGAAAGGCACAAGAAGCAACAACAGGUUGUAAGGGGACCAAUCGUAGCAAGGAGUAAUGUCAAUCAGAGGGGAUCCCCUUACGCUCGUCCAAAUCAGUCAUUAAACACAAGCGGGUCUCAAACACUGGUUCCUAUCGGACAGUCUGGGCAGCAAGGUAACGUCACAUGUUUCCAAUGUGGGGGACCGCAUUAUCGUUCGUCAUGCCCUCAGCUGGUGGGCGGAAAACAUUGUACUCGUUGUGGAAGAAAUGGGCAUUUGGAGAACGAGUGCAACUUUGGAGGACGAGCGGUAAUGAGACCACCAAACGCUGGAAGGAAUCAGCCAAGAGGUGGACGGGCUCAAGUAGUGGGACGAGUGUAUGCUAUAACUGGAGCAGAGGCAGCAAACUCAGGUAAUCUUAUAACUGGUGAAUGCUUGCUAUAUGGAAUGUCAUGUCGUGUAUUGUAUGACUCGGGGGCGACUCACUCCUUCAUCUCGAAGGCGUGUGUUGAAAAACUGGGAAUAGCAGAGAGAGACAUGCAGUUCGAUUUGGUGGUAUCAACCCCAGCGGCUGGAGAGCUUAGGACAUCUACCGUAUGCAUUAGAUGUCCUAUUGCGGUUGAGGGGCAUAGUUAUAAGGUGAACUUAAUUUGUUUGCCUUUGAAGGAGUUAGAAGUAAUAUUAGGAAUGGAUUGGUUGGCUGCCAAUCGCAUUCUUAUAGACUGUGGCAAGAAGGAGUUGAUUUUUCCAGAAGAAGAUGAAGAAGAGUUAUCAGUAACGCUCGGUCAAUUAAAAGAAGACAUUAUGGAGGGCGCCAGCUGUUUCCUGAUUAUGACGCAUGAAGAUCAGGAAUUCGGAGGAUUGGUCAAAGAACGAUCGUCCACUAGUGACAGUAAUGGACGAUCGGUUGUGGAUGAGUUUGCGGACGUCUUUCCGGAAGAAAUUCCGGGACUGCAUCCUGUUCGUGAAGUUGAAUUCACCAUUGACUUGGUGACAACGGCGGCACCCAUCUCAGUUCAACCAUAUCGUAUGGCGCCUGCAGAGUUGGUUGAACUUAAGAAGCAGAUUGAAGAGUUAAUGGAUAAGCAAUUUAUCAAGCCGAGCGUAUCACCAUGGGGAGCGCCUGUCCUCUUAGUGAAGAAGAAAGAUGGCAGCUCUCGGUUGUGUGUAGACUACAGACAAUUAAACAAGCUGACCAUCAAGAACAAGUACCCAUUGCCGAGAAUAGACGACUUGCUGGAUCAAUUGCAUGGGGCCUCUAUAUUUUCAAAGAUUGACUUGCGGUCUGGAUAUCAUCAAAUCAGAGUUAAGGAGGACGACAUCCAGAAGACAACGUUCAGAUCUCGUUAUGGACAUUAUGAAUAUGUGGUGAUGCCAUUUGGAGUGACGAACGCACCAGCAAUCUUCAUGGAUUAUAUGAAUCGGAUAUUCAGGCCGUACUUGGACAAAUUUGUAGUCGUCUUCAUAGAUGAUAUUCUCAUCUACUCCAAGACACAAGCCGAACACGAAGAACACUUGAGGGCAGUACUAACCGUGUUGAGGGAAAAGGAAUUAUAUGCAAAGUUGUCCAAGUGUGAAUUUUGGAUGAAGGAGGUGCAGUUUUUGGGGCAUGUGGUGUCGGCUGGAGGUAUUUCAGUAGAUCCAGCUAAGGUACGAGCGGUGUUGGACUGGAAGAGUCCUCGUUCGGUCACUGAGGUUCGUAGCUUUGUGGGACUCGCGGGCUACUAUAGGCGUUUUAUUGAAGGGUUUGGUAAAAUAGUAGCUCCGCUUACUCAGUUGACUAGGAAGGAUCGACCGUUCGCUUGGACUGAUCUGUGUGAAGAACGCUUUCAAGAGCUGAAGCACAAGUUGACGAGCGCUCCAGUGCUAAUUAUUCCGGACACGUCCAAGCCCUUUGAAGUAUACUGCGAUGCGUCUCACCAAGGGUUGGGCUGUGUGCUUAUGCAAGAGAAACGAGCGGUAGCGAAAGCUAAUGUAGUGGCGGACGCUCUAAGCAGGAAGGCAGUUCAUGUCUCGGUGAUGAUGGUUAAAGAGAUGAGUUUGGUUGAGAGCUUUAGAGACCUAAGGUUGCAGUUUGAAUUGGAGCCGAACAGCAUCAAAUGCUGUAACCUUAGAAUAUCCAGCAACGUUUUUUACCGUAUCAAGAUGAAGCAACGCGAGGACGAGGACUUGAUAAAGAUUUUUAGUACGCUCGGUUCAGAUCGGGCCAAGGAGUUCAACACUGGAACGGACGGCUUCUUGCGCUAUAAGGGCCGGACGUGCAUUCCAAAUGAUGGAGAGCUAAAAAGGAUUAUCUUGGAGGAAGGACAUCAUAGCCUUCUUAGCAUACACCCUGGCAGAACAUCAGAGACCAGGCGGGUUACUUCAGCAGCUGGAAAUUCCCGAAUGGAAGUGGGAUAG